AGUUUUGGUGCCCUAAAUUUCCCCAUCUCUCCCCGUUGCUUCUGCAACCCCGCCUUCGCCAAUAUGCAGAUCUUUGUGAAAACGUUGACGGGGAAGACCAUAACUCUCGAGGUUGAGAGCUCCGAUACCAUCGACAAUGUGAAGGCAAAGAUUCAGGACAAGGAGGGAAUACCGCCGGACCAGCAGCGUCUCAUCUUUGCUGGUAAGCAGCUUGAGGACGGCCGAACCCUAGCCGAUUACAACAUCCAGAAGGAGUCCACGCUCCACCUCGUGUUAAGGCUCCGUGGUGGUGCCAAGAAGCGCAAGAAGAAGACCUACACCAAGCCCAAAAAAAUCAAGCACAAGAAGAAGAAGGUCAAGCUCUCUGUUCUUCAGUUUUACAAGGUCGACGACUCAGGAAAAGUUCAGAGGCUUAGGAAAGAGUGUCCUAACGCCGAGUGCGGAGCUGGUACUUUCAUGGCCAAUCACUUCGAUCGUCAUUAUUGUGGCAAGUGUGGUUUGACUUACGUGUACCAGAAGCCCGGCGGUGACUAGGUCUACUUUAAUUCUCCGUAUUGAUAGAGAAUUCGCCAUUAUCUUGAUUCUUAAUGAUGGUUUCUGACGUUAACUAGAAUAGGAAAUUAUAAGACGGGUCUUGAUUUUUCGUAGCUGUGUUACCAUGAUUGACAUUCUUAUUGUUUCAUAGUGGUUGACGGUUUUGUUAUGCGGCUGGUUUUUGAUAUAAUCUGCUUACCGGUCGUAUGGUUGUUUUUGCUCUA